AUGAUAAUUGAAAAAUAUUCUGUGUUCACUGUGAUACUUACAAUUUUGCACACUUCUAAUAGCCAAAAUGUCAAAUUUAAUGAUUUAUUGAAUGAGAAUAAACAAAUUAUUGCGCAUACAAAUUUAUGUCCUCUCAGGAUAGUAGGUGGAAUUGAGACAUCUGUAUCUAAUGUUCCAUAUCAGAUCGCACUAAGACAAGGUGUAUCGGGCGGUUUGUAUUGGACAUCUUUCUGCGGUGGAUCACUUAUUACUGAAAUAUUUGUAAUUACUGCGGCUCAUUGCUUUGAUGGAAGAAACUUGAAAUCAGUAAGAGCUGUAGCUGGUACAACGAAGAGCAAUGUAAACGUAUUCACGAUGUUAACUGAGGAUUGGAGAGUGAUUAAAAACUAUUAUAGACAUAAGUGCUACAAUAAAAUGGCAUUGGAAAAUGACAUAGCCCUUUUUGAGGUAGUGAAAAGUUUCAUAGUAUCUUCGGAUGUGAAACCAGUACGUCUGCAUUCUCUGGACAUGGGCUGGGAUAUCUUAGAAGGUGAAAACUGUCUGGUAUCAGGAUUCGGAUAUCUAGAAAAUGAAAAGCCAUCGUCUGUAUUGCGCAUGGUGUGUGUUCCAAUUAUGUCGACGAAGGAUUGUGCACUUUUCUUUAGUUCUCGCUUAUUGCAUAAGUCUACGUUUUGUGCUGGCAUCAAAAAUAAGGAUAGUUGUCAGGGUGACUCCGGGGGGCCGAUCGUUUGUCGAGGGGUGCUGGUCGGCAUCGUGUCCUGGGGAGGCAUAUGCGGCAUGCAGCCUGGCGUAUAUACUCGAAUCUCCAACUAUACCACUGGAGAAUAUAUCCCAUUUGUAAAACGAACCCUCUCCCUCAACUCAGAUAAUUGGUUAAUACUAAUGCAAAUUUUGCUUAUCAGCCUUUGUUAUUACUAGAAUAAUUAAA